CCAAAACGCAUCUCCUUUUUAACGAAAUCACAAAAAAUGGAACUGCGAGAAGAAGACGAUUUCUCACGAUUGAAGUUCAUCCAACGCCAUCGUCUCCAAGACUCCGAUUCCUUCCGCACUCUCCUGGAUUUCGAGUUCCCGUUACCGUCCGCCUUCUUCUCUCUCCCGUCGAUCAAAUUCGAAUUCGAAGAUUUCGAGUUCAUGAAGAAACCGUCGGAAGAGGAAGAGCCUCCGAUUCAGAAGCCGGAACAAUCGGAGCGAUCGAGCUCUCCAGAAGUGGCGAUGGCGGAAGAGGUGUCGAGUUCCGACGGCGGGAGGAAGUACAGAGGUGUACGACGGCGGCCGUGGGGGAAAUUCGCGGCGGAGAUUCGAGAUCCGAGUAGAAAAGGGAGUAGGGUUUGGUUGGGGACUUUCAAUUCGGAUGUUGACGCGGCUAGGGCUUACGAUUCGGCUGCGUUUAAAAUGAGGGGAAGAAAGGCUAAGUUGAAUUUUCCGUUGGAUGCCGGGAAGUCUGAGCCGCCGCCGCCGCCAGGAAAUGGGCGGAACAGGAGAAGAGAAACGAAAGUAAAUUAACUGAGGUAAAAAAAAAAAAAAAAAAAUUACUGUCAAAUCCCCCAAAUUGGAGCCUCUCAUGUAUAUUUUUAAGCAUGUAGAUAAAUAUAGUUGGUUAAAAUAUUAAAUUAUAAAUUUAAUUAGGUAGGUUUAGUUUUAA